CUGCUGCUGCGAAGACGCUGCUGGAGCAGGAGCGUGACAGCACGACGGCGAACCUGGAGGAGCGGCUGCGGGGUGCCGAGGAGCGCGCCGCGGAGCUGGCGAGCCAGCUGGCGUCCACUGCUGCCGCGAAGACGCUGCUGGAGCAGGAGCGUGACAGCACGACGGCGAACCUGGAGGAGCGGCUGCGGGGUGCCGAGGAGCGCGCCGCGGAGCUGGCGAGCCAGCUGGCGUCCACUGCUGCCGCGAAGACGCUGGUGGAGCAGGAGCGUGACAGCACGACGGCGAACCUGGAGGAGCGGCUGCAGGACGCUAAAAAGCGCGCCGCGGAGCUGGGGAGGCAGCUGGCGUCCACUGCUACUGCGAAGAAGCUGUUGGAGCAGGAGCGUGACAGCACGACGGCGGACCUGGAGGAGCGGCUGCGGGGUGCCGAGGAGCGCGCCGCGGAGCUGGCGAGCCAGCUGGCGUCCACUGCUGCCGCGAAGACGCUGGUGGAGCAGGAGCGUGACAGCACGACGGCGAACCUGGAGGAGCGGCUGCGGGGUGCCGAGGAGCGCGCCGCGGAGCUGGCGAGCCAGCUGGCGUCCACUGCUGCCGCGAAGACGCUGCUGGAGCAGGAGCGUGACAGCACGACGGCGAACCUGGAGGAGCGGCUGCGGGGUGCCGAGGAGCGCGCCGCGGAGCUGGCGAGCCAGCUGGCGUCCACUGCUGCCGCGAAGACGCUGGUGGAGCAGGAGCGUGACAGCACGACGGCGAACCUGGAGGAGCGGCUGCGGGGUGCCGAGGAGCGCGCCGCGGAGCUGGCGAGCCAGCUGGCGUCCACUGCUGCCGCGAAGACGCUGGUGGAGCAGGAGCGUGACAGCACGACGGCGGACCUGGAGGAGCGGCUGCGGGGUGCCGAGGAGCGCGCCGCGGAGCUGGCGAGCCAGCUGGGGGCCACUGCUGCUGCGAAGACGCUGGUGGAGCAGGAGCGUGACAGCACGACGGCGAACCUGGAGGAGCGGCUGCGGGGUGCCGAGGAGCGCGCCGCGGAGCUGGCGAGCCAGCUGGCGUCCACUGCUGCCGCGAAGACGCUGCUGGAGCAGGAGCGUGACAGCACGACGGCGAACCUGGAGGAGCGGCUGCGGGGUGCCGAGGAGCGCGCCGCGGAGCUGGCGAGCCAGCUGGCGUCCACUGCUGCUGCGAAGACGCUGGUGGAGCAGGAGCGUGACAGCACGACGGCGAACCUGGAGGAGCGGCUGCGGGGUGCCGAGGAGCGCGCCGCGGAGCUGGCGAGCCAGCUGGCGUCCACUGCUGCUGCGAAGACGCUGGUGGAGCAGGAGCGUGACAGCACGACGGCGAACCUGGAGGAGCGGCUGCGGGGUGCCGAGGAGCGCGCCGCGGAGCUGGCGAGCCAGCUGGCGUCCACUGCUGCCGCGAAGACGCUGGUGGAGCAGGAGCGUGACAGCACGACGGCGAACCUGGAGGAGCGGCUGCGGGGUGCCGAGGAGCGCGCCGCGGAGCUGGCGAGCCAGCUGGCGUCCACUGCUGCCGCGAAGACGCUGGUGGAGCAGGAGCGUGACAGCACGACGGCGGACCUGGAGGAGCGGCUGCGGGGUGCCGAGGAGCGCGCCGCGGAGCUGGCGAGCCAGCUGGCGUCCACUGCUGCCGCGAAGACGCUGGUGGAGCAGGAGCGUGACAGCACGACGGCGAACCUGGAGGAGCGGCUGCGGGGUGCCGAGGAGCGCGCCGCGGAGCUGGCGAGCCAGCUGGCGUCCACUGCUGCUGCGAAGACGCUGCUGGAGCAGGAGCGUGACAGCACGACGGCGGACCUGGAGGAGCGGCUGCGGGGUGCCGAGGAGCGCGCCGCGGAGCUGGCGAGCCAGCUGGCGUCCACUGCUGCCGCGAAGACGCUGCUGGAGCAGGAGCGUGACAGCACGACGGCGAACCUGGAGGAGCGGCUGCGGGGUGCCGAGGAGCGCGCCGCGGAGCUGGCGAGCCAGCUGGCGUCCACUGCUGCUGCGAAGACGCUGCUGGAGCAGGAGCGUGACAGCACGACGGCGAACCUGGAGGAGCGGCUGCGGGGUGCCGAGGAGCGCGCCGCGGAGCUGGCGAGCCAGCUGGCGUCCACUGCUGCUGCGAAGACGCUGGUGGAGCAGGAGCGUGACAGCACGACGGCGAACCUGGAGGAGCGGCUGCGGGGUGCCGAGGAGCGCGCCGCGGAGCUGGCGAGCCAGCUGGCGUCCACUGCUGCUGCGAAGACGCUGGUGGAGCAGGAGCGUGACAGCACGACGGCGGACCUGGAGGAGCGGCUGCGGGGUGCCGAGGAGCGCGCCGCGGAGCUGGCGAGCCAGCUGGCGUCCACUGCUGCUGCGAAGACGCUGGUGGAGCAGGAGCGUGACAGCACGACGGCGAACCUGGAGGAGCGGCUGCGGGGUGCCGAGGAGCGCGCCGCGGAGCUGGCGAGCCAGCUGGCGUCCACUGCUGCUGCGAAGACGCUGGUGGAGCAGGAGCGUGACAGCACGACGGCGGACCUGGAGGAGCGGCUGCGGGGUGCCGAGGAGCGCGCCGCGGAGCUGGCGAGCCAGCUGGCGUCCACUGCUGCUGCGAAGACGCUGGUGGAGCAGGAGCGUGACAGCACGACGGCGGACCUGGAGGAGCGGCUGCGGGGUGCCGAGGAGCGCGCCGCGGAGCUGGCGAGCCAGCUGGCGUCCACUGCUGCUGCGAAGACGCUGGUGGAGCAGGAGCGUGACAGCACGACGGCGAACCUGGAGGAGCGGCUGCGGGGUGCCGAGGAGCGCGCCGCGGAGCUGGCGAGCCAGCUGGCGUCCACUGCUGCUGCGAAGACGCUGCUGGAGCAGGAGCGUGACAGCACGACGGCGAACCUGGAGGAGCGGAUGAGGGACGCUAAAAAGCGCGCCGCGGAGCUGGCGAGGCAGCUGGCGUCCACUGCUGCUGCGAAGAAGCAGGUGGAGCAGGAGCGUGACAGCACGACGGCGAACCUGGAGGAGCGGCUGCGGGGUGCCGAGGAGCGCGCCGCGGAGCUGGCGAGCCAGCUGGCGUCCACUGCUGCCGCGAAGACGCUGUUGGAGCAGGAGCGUGACAGCACGACGGCGAACCUGGAGGAGCGGCUGCGUGACGCCAAGAAACGCGCCGCGGAGCUGGCGAGCCAGCUGGCGUCCACUGCUGCUGCGAAGACGCUGCUGGAGCAGGAACUCAUCAUGAUGAAGGCGAACCUGGAGGAGCGGCUGCGUGACGCCAAGAAACGUGCCGCGGAGCUGGCGAGCCAGCUGGCGUCCACUGCUGCCGCGAAGACGCUGGUGGAGCAGGAGCGCAUCAUGACGAGGGCGGACCUGGAGGAGCGGCUGCGUGACGCCAAGAAACGCGCCGCGGAGCUGGCGAGCCAGCUGGCGUCCACUGCUGCUGCGAAGAAGCAGGUGGAGCAGGAGCGUGACAGCACGACGGCGAACCUGGAGGAGCGGCUGCGGGGUGCCGAGGAGCGCGCCGCGGAGCUGGCGAGCCAGCUGGCGUCCACUGCUGCCGCGAAGACGCUGGUGGAGCAGGAGCGUGACAGCACGACGGCGAACCUGGAGGAGCGGCUGCGUGACGCCAAGAAACGCGCCGCGGAGCUGGCGAGCCAGCUGGCGUCCACUGCUGCUGCGAAGAAGCAGGUGGAGCAGGAGCGUGACAGCACGACGGCGAACCUGGAGGAGCGGCUGCGGGGUGCCGAGGAGCGCGCCGCGGAGCUGGCGAGCCAGCUGGCGUCCACUGCUGCCGCGAAGAAGCUGGUGGAGCAGGAGCGUGACAGCACGACGGCGAACCUGGAGGAGCGGAUGAGGGAUGCCAAGAAUCGCGCCGCGGAGCUGGCGAGCCAGCUGGCGUCCACUGCUGCUGCGAAGACGCUGGUGGAGCAGGAGCGUGACAGCACGACGGCGAAGCUGGAGGAGCGGCUGCGGGAGUCCGAGAGAAAGGUUUCUGUGAUAGAAGCGGUGUUGAGGGAGACAAAGUGUAAGUGUGAAGCUCGUGUUGCAGGGCUCAAAGAGGAGUGCGAAAAGUUGAAGGUUGAUACAGUGAAGUAUGCGAAGAAGGUGCGAGUUCUGGAGUCUGAAAAGCGUAUCGAUGUUGCCCGAUUGCAAGCGCAUCGUGAUGCCCUUCACCGAAAGGAGUGA